AUCACCGCCUGCGGGCCUCAAUAAAAAGCCAUCAUCAAUUAACUUCUUUGUUAAAAUACUUCAAUUCUUCAUUAUUUUCACAUAUAGAUAGAAUCGAAAAUAGAAAAUAUAUACAUCUAAAUAGUUAGCAUUUAUAAAUGGCCGAGGCUGGAAAAAGAAAAAACGUGGCCAUAGCUGGCGUGGCCGCGGUUCUCUUGGUGGCAUGUGUCGUCGCUGCCACAUUGUCUGUGACAAACAAGAAAGGCGGCAACAGCGGCGGAAGCGGCGGUGGCGGACAGGUGACCACCUCAACGAAGGCGGUCCACGCCAUUUGUGCCACCACAGAUUACAAGGAUGCUUGCGAGACGAGCCUGGUCGACGCGAAGAACACAAGCAACCCUAAAGAGCUCAUAAAGGUGGCGUUCAACUCCGCCAUGAAAAACCUGAGCGACGCCAUCUCCCACUCGGCAGUGCUGAAGGAAGCCGCCAAGGACCCCCGGACCUCCGGCGCCCUGGACACGUGUAAGGAGCUGCUAGACGACUCGGUGGACGAUCUCAAAAGGUCUUUCUCAAAAGUCGAGGAUUUCGACAUGGACAAGAUCGAGGAAUACGCCGACGACCUCAAGGUCUGGAUCAGCGGCGCCAUUACCCACCAGCAGACGUGCCUGGACGCGUUCGAGAACACCACCGGCGACGCCGGCGAGAAGAUGAAGAAGCUGCUCAAGUUCGCCGGCGAGCUCACCAGCAACGGCCUCGCCAUGGUCACCCAGUUCAGCGACGUCCUGCAGACCCUAGAGAUCCCCGGAAUGAAGAGGCGCCUCCUCAGCCACGAAAAGAAGGCGGGAGAUGAUGGCGGCCUCCCUGCCGACGGACGACGGUUCCUCGCUGCCGACCCGGCCUCCGUCAAAGCCAAUGCCGUCGUCGCUCAGGAUGGGAGCGGAGAUUACAAGACCAUAAAUGAGGCUCUCAAAGCUGUCCCGGAGAAGAAUAACGACACUUACGUGAUCAAGAUCAAGGCCGGAGUUUACAAGGAGCAAGUGAUGGUUCCGAGGAAGAUGAAUAAGAUUGUUUUCCUGGGAGAUGGGCCCACUGCCACCAAGAUCACCGGGAGCUUGAAUUUCAUUGACGGGGUCAACACAUACAGGACCGCCACUGUUGCAAUCCAGGGAGAUGGGUUCAUGGCACGAGAUAUAGGGUUCGAGAACUCCGCCGGAGCGAGCAAGCACCAGGCCGUGGCCCUCCGCGUCUCCGCCGACAACGCCAUCUUCUACAACUGCCAGAUCGACGCCUACCAAGACACCCUCUACACCCACUCCUACCGCCAGUACUACCGCAACUGCGUCAUCUCCGGCACCAUCGACUUCAUCUUCGGCGACGCCGCCGCCGUUUUCCAGAACUGCAAGAUGCUCGUCCGCAAGCCCCUGGAGAACCAGGCCUGCAUGGUCACCGCUCAGGGCCGUAAGGACCACCGCGGGGUCGGCGGCAUCGUCCUCCAAAACUGCGAGAUCCUCCCCGACGAGGCAAUCAAGGGUGCGAACCCGCCCGUCCAGGUCUUCCUCGGCCGCCCGUGGAAGGAGUACUCCCGGACCAUCAUCAUGCAGUCAUACAUCGAUGGCUUCAUUGACCCCACCGGCUGGUCGCCAUGGAUGGGCAGCUUCGGGCUGGACACUUGCUGGUAUGCAGAGUACCAGAACAGAGGCGCCGGAGCUAACACCGACAAGAGGGUCGAUUGGAAGGGUUACCAGAAGCAGAUUUCUCCCCAGGUCGCCAGCCAGUUCACCGCAGGAGUUUAUCUUCAGGGAGAUGACUGGAUCAAGCCCACCGGAAUUCCGUACGACUCCGGGAUGGUCAAGACCGCCUAAAUAUAAUAAUACCAUAAUCAUAAGUUAAUAAUGAUUUAUAUUGUCACAGUAAUAAUUUGUUGUUAUAUUCCAUUCGAUCAUGAGUGAGACCAAAUAGGAAUUUAUUUUCAUCUUAUUUAGUGAGGCCUUUUAUUUCUUCUUAAUUUGUUUUUUUUUUUGUAAUUGUACUGAUUGACUAUUCGUGUACGUAUAUAGUCUUAUUAUUGAAUGGAGUUCUUUGAUGAACUCGAUUCAUGAAUAACACAACCAGAGUUGUACUGUAGUUGAUUUUAGUUAUUUAAGAGAUUUUUUGUGGCAAUUCAAAA